AGGGCAACCCCAUGUAAAACCAUGUCAGUGUUAUAAAGAAAGUUAAAUUUAAUCAUUUGCUCUUUACUCACCCAUUUGGAGCUGCAGUCAAACUGAUGAGACUUCUUCUGAGUACCUUUACCACUGUCAGAACUUUACUUUGCAGAACGCGCACAUCAAAUCAACAGUGUAGGACCCUAAGUGGUGCAGCAAUGCGCCUGGUACAGUUUUAUCACAAUGAAGAUGUAGGGAAGAGCGUUCGAGUGGGAGUAGAGCUGGGAGCAGGUCUGGAUGUGGUGGAUUUGAAGGCAUUUGACCCCUCUGCACCUUCCACAAUGAAAGAGCUGCUGGAGCUUGGAGACAAGGGACUGGAGGGCGCUAAGAGAGCUCUCGAUUCUGGUCAGUGUGUGGUGAAACGGUCGGACAUUAAGCUGCUGUCCCCGGUCCUUGCUCCAGAGAAGGUGGUGUGUGUGGGCAUGAACUAUCGUGACCACUGUCUGGAGCAAAAUGCCCCCAUUCCAAAAGAACCCAUUAUUUUCAGCAAAUUCCCCAGCGCCAUCACUGGGCCUUAUGAUGACAUCCUUCUGCCUUCAGAGAGCCAGGAAGUGGACUGGGAGGUGGAGCUGGCGUUUGUGAUUGGAAGAAAAGGAAAACAUAUUAAGGAGGAGGACGCUCUUUCAUAUGUGGCUGGGUUCACUGUGGCCAAUGACGUCAGCGCCCGCGACUGGCAAAUGAAGCGAAAUGGAAAGCAGUGGCUUCUGGGAAAAACCUUUGAUUCCUUCUGUCCGCUUGGUCCUGCCUUAGUAACAACUGAUGCCGUAAAAGAUCCACAUAAAUUGGGCGUACGCUGUCUGGUUAAUGGAGACACAGUCCAAGACAGCAGCACGGAGCAGAUGAUCUUUGGCAUAGAAAAACUGGUUGUCUGGGUCUCAAGGUUCAUGACUUUGGCGCCUGGAGAUGUUUUUCUGACUGGUACGCCUCCAGGAGUAGGCGUUUUCAGAUCACCACCAGUCUUCGUCAAGAAAGGUGAUGUUGUGGAGUGCCAAAUAGAUCAGUUGGGUUCUAUAAUAAAUAAGGUUGUCUGAUCCUGUUACAUAAAAAAAACAAAAAAAAAAACAUUUGUAUUUUUAAUCUACAAGACAUGACAGUGAAGAUCAAUCUGUUACUGCCACUCGUUUUAAUCCUGUGAAAUGUGUAAAAUGUGUUUAAUACAAUUUACAGAGCAGUGUAAGAAUACAUUUUUGAAUCAUUACUACUUGUAUAAUGUAGGAUUUUCAACACCAGGUGGCAGUAGAGUUGCACGGUUGAAUGUUAAAAGUUUCUUGUAGUCUGCUCCAAGCUUAUCUUGACAUUGUCAAAAGGACAGCUGUCUGUCCAAUUGAACACACUGAAAAAUGAAAGAUGACACAGCAAAGCCUUCUUUAAAUGAUAUUUAAUUACAAAUAAAGCUGAAUAGAUACAAGACUGAACAUCGUAUGACCAACGUAACAAUUAUAAUAAAAGACAAAGAUAGUAUUAAUCAACU